GAGGAGAUAGGCGGGAGCGAGGGAGCGAGGGAGGGAGCGAAGGAGGUAGAGAGGAGUGCAGGAGCGCGCGGAGGGAGCGCAGCUUGGUUGCUCCGUAGUACGGCGGCUCGCGAGGCGGAGUGCCGAGCAGGCUCAGGGGCGCACGGCGGGGCGGGCGGGGAUGGUGCGGGCCCCGGCUCCGGCGUCCCUCGGCGCGGCGUGUGAGCAGCACUGAUUUGUCCCUGCGGCGGCGGCGCGCGGACCCGCCCGGAGAUGAGGUGUCCAUUAGCCAGGUGAAAGUAGCAGAACCAUGGCUCAGUUCCCAACACCUUUUGGUGGCAGCCUGGACAUCUGGGCCAUCACUGUGGAGGAGAGGGCGAAGCAUGACCAGCAGUUCCACAGUCUAAAGCCAAGAUCUGGAUUUAUUACUGGUGAUCAAGCAAGAAGCUUUUUUUUGCAAUCUGGGUUGCCUCAACCUGUCUUAGCACAGAUAUGGGCACUAGCUGACAUGAACAAUGAUGGAAGAAUGGAUCAAGUGGAGUUUUCCAUAGCCAUGAAACUCAUCAAACUGAAGCUGCAAGGUUAUCAGCUCCCCUCUGCACUUCCACCGGUCAUGAAGCAGCAGCCAGUCGCCAUCUCCAGUACACCAGCGUUUGGUAUGGGAAGUAUGCCCAGCAUGCCGCCGCUUCCAGCUGUUGCUCCAGUGCCAAUGGGGUCCAUUCCAGUUGUUGGCAUGUCUCCGCCUCUGGUAUCUUCUGUCCCUACAGCAGCAGUGCCUCCCCUGGCCAAUGGGGCUCCCCCUGUUAUACAACCCCUGCCUGCAUUUGCCCAUCCUGCAGCCACAUUGCCAAAGAGUUCUUCGUUUAGUAGAUCUGGUCCAGGGUCACAAUUAAACACUAAAUUACAGAAGGCACAAUCUUUCGACGUUGCCAGUGCCCCUCCAGCAGCGGAAUGGGCUGUCCCUCAGUCAUCGAGACUGAAGUACCGGCAGUUAUUCAAUAGUCAUGACAAAACUAUGAGUGGACACUUAACAGGUCCCCAAGCAAGAACUAUUCUCAUGCAAUCAAGUUUACCACAGGCUCAGUUGGCUUCAAUAUGGAAUCUUUCAGACAUCGAUCAAGAUGGAAAACUCACAGCGGAAGAAUUUAUCCUGGCUAUGCACCUCAUAGAUGUAGCUAUGUCUGGCCAGCCACUGCCCCCCGUCCUGCCUCCAGAAUACAUUCCACCCUCCUUUAGGAGAGUUCGGUCUGGCAGUGGUAUAUCUGUCAUCAGCUCAACCUCUGUAGACCAGAGGUUACCAGAGGAACCAGCGUUAGAAGAUGAGCAACAACAGUUAGAAAAGAAAUUACCUGUCACAUUUGAAGAUAAGAAGCGCGAGAACUUUGAACGUGGCAACCUGGAGCUGGAAAAACGAAGACAAGCUCUCUUGGAGCAGCAGCGCAAAGAGCAGGAGCGCUUGGCCCAGCUGGAGAGAGCGGAGCAGGAAAGGAAAGAGCGGGAGCGGCAGGAACAAGAGCGCAAGAGACAACUGGAGCUGGAGAAGCAACUGGAAAAGCAACGGGAACUAGAACGGCAGAGAGAGGAGGAAAGGAGGAAAGAAAUAGAGAGGCGAGAGGCUGCAAAACGGGAACUUGAAAGACAACGACAACUUGAAUGGGAGCGGAAUCGGAGACAAGAACUUCUCAAUCAAAGAAACAAAGAACAAGAGGACAUAGUUGUACUGAAAGCAAAGAAAAAGACUUUGGAAUUUGAAUUAGAAGCUCUAAAUGAUAAAAAGCAUCAACUUGAAGGCAAACUUCAGGAUAUCAGAUGUCGUUUGACUACCCAAAGGCAAGAAAUUGAAAGCACGAACAAAUCCAGAGAGUUGAGAAUCGCUGAGAUCACUCACCUCCAGCAACAGUUACAGGAGUCUCAGCAGAUGCUUGGAAGACUUAUUCCAGAGAAGCAGAUACUCAAUGACCAGUUAAAACAGGUUCAGCAAAACAGUUUGCACAGGGAUUCACUUGUUACACUCAAAAGAGCCUUAGAAGCAAAAGAACUAACUCGGCAGCAACUACGAGAGCAACUGGAUGAAGUGGAGAAAGAAACUAGAUCAAAACUACAGGAGAUUGAUAUUUUCAAUAACCAGCUGAAGGAGCUGAGAGAAAUACAUAAUAAGCAGCAACUCCAGAAACAGAAGUCCAUGGAAGCCGAACGGCUAAAACUGAAAGAACAGGAGCGAAAGGUCAUAGAAUUAGAAAAACAAAAAGAGGAAGCCCAGAGGAGAGCCCAGGAACGGGACAGGCAGUGGCUGGAGCACGCGCAACCAGAAGAUGACCACCAGCGGCCAAGAAAACCCCAUGACGAGGACAAACUGAAGAGGGAAGAGAGUGUCAAAAAGAAGGAGGGCGAGGAAAGAGGCAAGCAGGAAGCACAAGACAAGCUGAGUCGGUUUUUCCAUCAACACCAAGAUCCAGCUAAGCCAGCUGUCCAAACACCCUGGCCCACCACAGAAAAAGGACCUCUCACGAUUUCUGCUCAGGAGAACGUGAAGGUGGUGUACUACCGGGCCUUAUACCCCUUCGAGUCCAGGAGUCAUGAUGAGAUCACCCUGCAGCCGGGGGAUGUCGUCAUGGUGGAUGAAAGCCAAACUGGAGAGCCGGGAUGGCUUGGAGGAGAACUGAAAGGAAAGACAGGAUGGUUCCCGGCAAACUAUGCAGAGAAAAUUCCAGAAAAUGAGGUUCCCACGGCAGCCAAACCAGUAACUGAUGUGACAUCUGCCCCUGCCCCAAAACUGGCUUUGCGUGAAACCCCUGCUCCUGCAGUAACAGCCUCUUCCGAGCCCUCCAGCACUGCCAACAACUGGGCCGACUUCAGCUCCACGUGGCCCAGCAGUGCGAGUGAGAAACCAGAAACAGAUAACUGGGAUGCGUGGGCAGCCCAACCUUCCCUUACUGUUCCUAGUGCUGGCCAGUUAAGGCAGAGGUCAGCCUUUACUCCAGCUACGGCCACCGGCUCCUCCCCGUCUCCCGUGCUGGGCCAGGGUGAAAAGGUGGAAGGGCUACAAGCACAGGCCCUGUAUCCCUGGAGAGCCAAAAAAGACAACCACUUAAACUUUAACAAAAAUGAUGUCAUCACCGUCCUGGAACAGCAAGACAUGUGGUGGUUUGGAGAAGUUCAAGGUCAGAAGGGUUGGUUCCCCAAGUCUUACGUGAAACUCAUUUCAGGGCCCAUAAGGAAAUCUACAAGCAUGGAGUCUGGGUCCUCCGAAAGCCCAGCCAGCCUCAAGAGAGUAGCUUCUCCGGCCGCAAAGCCAGCUGCCCCAGGGGAAGAGUUUAUUGCCAUGUACACUUACGAGAGCUCUGAGCAAGGAGAUUUAACCUUUCAGCAAGGGGAUGUGAUUAUGGUUACCAAGAAAGACGGUGACUGGUGGACGGGAACGGUGGGCGACAAGUCCGGAGUCUUCCCUUCUAACUAUGUGAGGCUUAAAGAUUCAGAGGGCUCUGGAACUGCUGGGAAAACAGGGAGUUUAGGAAAAAAACCUGAGAUCGCUCAGGUUAUUGCCUCCUACACCGCAACAGGCCCCGAACAGCUAACUCUGGCCCCUGGGCAGCUGAUUUUGAUCCGGAAAAAGAACCCAGGUGGAUGGUGGGAAGGAGAGCUGCAAGCACGUGGAAAAAAACGCCAGAUAGGCUGGUUCCCAGCUAAUUAUGUUAAACUCCUAAGCCCUGGGACAAGCAAAAUCACUCCAACGGAAGCCCCUAAGUCAGCUGCAAUACCUGCAGUGUGCCAGGUGAUUGGGAUGUACGACUACACGGCGCAGAACGACGACGAGCUGGCCUUCAACAAGGGCCAAAUCAUCAACGUCCUCAACAAGGAGGACCCUGACUGGUGGAAAGGGGAAGUGAAUGGACAAGUGGGGCUGUUCCCAUCCAAUUACGUGAAGCUGACCACGGACAUGGACCCGAGCCAGCAAUGGUGUUCGGACUUGCAUCUCCUGGAUAUGUUGACCCCGACUGAGAGGAAGCGGCAGGGGUACAUCCAUGAGCUCAUUGUCACCGAAGAGAACUAUGUGACUGAUCUGCAGCUGGUCACAGAGAUCUUUCAGAAACCCCUGAUGGAGUCUGAGCUGCUGACAGAAAAAGAGGUGGCUAUGAUUUUUGUUAACUGGAAGGAGCUGAUUAUGUGUAAUAUCAAACUGCUGAAGGCGCUGAGGGUCCGCAAGAAGAUGUCGGGGGAGAAGAUGCCAGUGAAGAUGAUUGGCGACAUCCUGAGCGCCCAGCUGCCGCAUAUGCAGCCCUACAUCCGCUUCUGCAGCUGCCAGCUCAACGGGGCCGCCCUCAUCCAGCAGAAGACAGACGAGGCCCCGGACUUCAAGGAGUUUGUCAAAAGGCUGGCAAUGGACCCCAGAUGCAAAGGGAUGCCUCUUUCUAGCUUUAUCCUGAAACCUAUGCAGAGGGUGACAAGAUAUCCUCUGAUCAUCAAAAAUAUCCUGGAAAACACUCCUGAAAACCACCCUGACCACAGCCACCUGAAGCAUGCCCUGGAGAAGGCGGAAGAGCUGUGCUCCCAGGUGAACGAGGGCGUGCGUGAGAAGGAAAACUCGGACCGGCUGGAGUGGAUUCAGGCCCACGUGCAGUGUGAAGGCCUGUCGGAGCAAUUGGUGUUCAACUCAGUGACCAACUGCCUGGGACCACGCAAGUUUCUACAUAGCGGGAAACUCUACAAGGCCAAGAGCAACAAGGAGCUGUAUGGUUUCCUGUUCAAUGACUUCCUCCUGCUGACACAGAUUACCAAGCCCUUGGGGUCUUCCGGCACCGACAAGGUCUUCAGCCCCAAAUCCAACCUGCAGUAUAAAAUGUACAAAACCCCUAUCUUCCUAAAUGAGGUCCUAGUAAAACUACCCACAGACCCUUCUGGAGAUGAACCUAUCUUCCACAUUUCCCACAUAGACCGGGUCUACACCCUCCGAGCUGAAAGCAUAAAUGAGAGGACCGCCUGGGUGCAGAAAAUCAAAGCUGCUUCUGAGCUCUACAUCGAGACGGAGAAGAAGAAGCGGGAGAAGGCCUACCUGGUGCGCUCCCAGAGGGCAACUGGCAUUGGAAGGCUGAUGGUGAACGUGGUGGAAGGCAUUGAGCUAAAGCCUUGCCGCUCCCAUGGGAGGAGCAAUCCGUACUGUGAGGUGACCAUGGGCUCGCAGUGUCACAUCACUAAGACCAUCCAGGACACCCUGAAUCCUAAGUGGAACUCCAACUGCCAGUUCUUCAUCAGAGACCUGGAGCAGGAAGUCCUCUGCAUCACCGUGUUUGAGAGGGACCAGUUCUCUCCUGAUGAUUUCUUGGGUCGCACAGAGAUCCGCGUGGCUGACAUCAAGAAAGACCAGGGCUCCAAGGGGCCAGUCACAAAGUGUCUCCUGCUACAUGAAGUCCCCACGGGAGAGAUCGUGGUCCGCCUGGACCUGCAGCUAUUCGAUGAGCCGUAGGGAAUGGCUCCCAGCAUGCUUGGAGGACGCCAUCCAGUGCGAGGUGGUGCCUGUGCCAACUGUGGUCCUCCUCUCAGAACCUCUGGCGUUCAGCCAACAGGGCAACGGGACAGCAGAGACAGGCUCCCCCCCACUCCUAGGAAUCAUUCUCGACAAUCUUCCCCAACUCCUGUUCAGUGAACCUGAACUGUGUAUCCUUAUCCUUUCCUCCAGGUCUGGUCAUGGCCUCUAGGGUUUCCAAAACCCCAUAGCACACCUGCCAGGUAACAGAACUCUGUGUCUGACAAGCCCUUCCUGGCCCAGGCUCCAGAUGCAGGUUGAUGACUGAAGAAGUUAGAGCUCUACAUCUAGGGUCUGUGUUUCAUUCUGGAGAAGUCAUGUGAUCCUGAUUUCUUACCUCCUCCAGCCCCCAACCUAGGCUCCUCCUCCCACAAGACCCAGUCCUCCAUGUGUUGAGAAACAAUUGUGACAGUUCCAUCAUUGCUUUGAAAUCCCAAUGUCCUGUACUCUCCCCACCCCUCCAGGGAGAUGCUGUGAUGGUUUCAUGAGGAGCCAGUCCACCCAUGGAAGAUUUUGGCGUGUGGGCUGUGACAGCUGUUUCAUCCCCCUCUAGGCUUCAGAUCCACUGAUGCCAGUGAAAACACAAUGUUGUGUGCACCACCAGGAGUCUCCGUUGAGGUCCCCAGCAUGAAUGGGUGGUGACUACAGGAGCUUGUAGCCCCCCAGAGCUGCCCUGUGCUGGAUCCUAUUGCCAGCAGGCCACCACGACAACCUUUUCCCAUCAUCUCUGAGUUCAGGUGGCCAGACAUUGUUGGAAAUUUCUCCCCUCUCCCAGGGCCCCGUAGUGUGUCAUGCCAGGAGUCAUGGCUGGCAGUCAGCUCUUAGGCCUCGCCUGGGCUUGUAUGCACUUGAUUCUGAUUGUCGUGGGGAAUCUCAGCAGCUGCCAUGGGUGUGUUCUCCCAGCAAGGCAGGUCCUGGGUGUGACAAGAUGAAAUGACAAGCCGGAGGCGGUAGCAGGAUGUAAGGGAAGGGAAAAGCUUUGGGAGCACGUGUGUCCCAGGAGUCUGGGGAAGCCACAUACAACAGGAAGAUGGGAGUGUGCUUGUCGCCAAGAUCGGGGAUAUGGGAGUGUACGGCCAUGUGCCAAGCUGUUUGAAUUCUUUGAUUCUUUAGCCUUCAACGCCAGGAUAGAGGCCAAUUAAUUCAAUGAGAACUUGACUUGCUAGUGGAAAAGUGUGGGCCAUAUUUUGUGCGCAUGUGAUGUUCUUGUAAUCCCAGUUGGCUAUGGCCUGAAGCAUUCUUUGCAUGUUCUUGGCAUGAGAGUAUAGUUUUCCUGUGUGAGGUGGUUUUUUCUUUGAUUGUAGGUCUUUGAAUUCAAUUAGGGGUGGCAGAGAACCUGUUUUGCUGGGAACGGUAUGUUUUUAGUUUCCCAUAAGAACCUUGUCAUAUCUCAAGCAGUUUUUUAAAAAAGUGUGUGUUGGAACAGGACAACCAAGUUUACAUUUCAUACUUUGAAGAAACACUUUAUUAUUUAUUUAUUGAAAAUAGUGUAGAAUUUUGUAUCCAGGACAACAGAUACCUAAGUAUUUUUUUUAAAUAAGCAGAUUAUAUCCUUUAGUUAGAACUUUGAACUGAAUAUGUUAUAGACCAAGUUUAACUUUAGGCAUGAUUUGUUUACCACUUCCCAGCAGAAAACAUGGCUAAAUAACUUUUACGUUUGUGUUUUCUGAGGUUGUUAUGAAACUUUUAAUGAAGCCUUUAAAUAGACACAUGCAACUCACACGCUCCUCUUUCUAUAGCCGAUCGUUUGUUCAGUGUAGCUAUGAAAGACAUCACACUGUA